UUCACUAUAAUUAUGAUAUGGCAACCCAUUUUAUCAAAAGCUCUAUAAAGAGAAGCUAUAAACAUUAUUGUCUCCCCUAUUUUUUGCUCUCUUUCUCUCUCUCUCUCUCUAUACAAAUCAGCCCUCAAUAAUUUUCAGGUAAAAAAAAAAAAAAAAACGGAGAAUAUACUAUCUUAAAUAAAUCAACCCUGGCUGGCAGCCUGCUGCUGCUUUUCUUGGUGGUUAGUGUCGCUCAAAAUCAAACAAAUUUCAGUUCCCUAGCAGCUUUCGGUUCGUUCGCAAAACUUAAAUAAUAAAAAACGCCUCCGUGCGAAUCCAAGAAAAAAUUGUGGAGCAUAGUUUUUCUCUGUUUGUGUUCUUUUUUCUCUAUGUUACCCUUGAAUUUUUUUUUCAAAAUCAACAUAUUUUAUUUUAACUAAUUAGAUAUAGUUCUGGUUAAAUAUUCAAUAUUCCAAGAAAAAAAAGAAAAUAUACCCAAGAGAAAAAAAAAAAUUGUGAAAUAAGUUAAACCACAGAGGGUAAAUGAAAAGUGUUUCUUUACAACUUUUCCAGGGCCUAUUGAUACAGUGUCAUUUUAUUAAUAUAAAAUAUUUAAUAAAAAAUGUAAUUUUGAAAAAAUAACCACCCACUCUAUCCGAUUUAAUAUGUAUAAUAUUUUACCAUCCAUUUUGCUUAGAAAUCAUCCGUAUGGAGGGUCGUAAUUCCAACCCCCUUUAACAAUAUUCUUUGUGAUUGUGUAAGCAUUGAAUAGCGCGUCAAGCUAUAAAGUAUAAUUGGCAACAAUUGUUAAAAGGAAUAAAAAAUAAUUUAAUGCAAAUCGAGACAAGUUAAUUUGUUUGAUAAAAAAAAGGAAAAAAAAGAAACAAGUUUAAACAAAAAAAAAAAAAAAAAAAAAGGCUGGCAAAACAAUUACGUAUACGCCUACAAACCACAAAUACACACCCAACAACAAUUUCUAUGUUGGGCUAGGGAUACAAACAUAUGGGGUACCAUUUGUCUACUACUCUUCUUCAGUUACCCAACGGUGUUAUCAUCUUCGUUGCAGACAACUCAUUCUAAAGUGCUUGUGUUUGUGUACAACAAUAUCCUCAAUGAUUUCAAAAUCCCAAUAAAUAAAAUAACAACAACAACAACAAGUAAAAAAGUUCAAAAAGAGUUAAAAUAAAAAUAAUAAAAAAAAAAAAAAAAAUAGAAAGAAAGAAAUUGGAAAAUAUACCUUUUGUCAGUCGUGCAAAAUUGUAAAGCGGAUUGUCCUGAAGCUAUACAACUAUGAUAACUUCUACAAAUCGGAGUCUUAGAGAAAAAUCUUACAAAGAAUUUUGAUAAGAAGAUAAAACAAAAAAACCGCAAUCUAACUUUAACCAAACUUAAAAAUAAGGAAACUUCCGUAUCCUUAAACAAAAAGAAUCUCCAUUAUCUCAUACUCAUUUAUUUAAUAGUUCCUGUUUUUAAUCUUCUAUAUAUUUUCUCAAAAUGUUGAUAAAAGAAUAUCGAAUACCACUGCCUCUAACGGUAGAUGAAUAUCGCAUAGCUCAGCUUUAUAUGAUAGCCAAAAAAAGUCGCGAAGAAAGUCACGGCGAAGGUAGCGGGGUAGAAAUCAUCAUCAACGAACCCUAUGAAGAUGGUCCUGGAGGCAAAGGAGGACAAUAUACUAAAAAAAUCUACCAUGUUGGUAGUCAUCUUCCAGGAUGGAUUAAAAGUCUCCUUCCGAAGAGUGCUUUGACAGUGGAAGAAGAAGCAUGGAAUGCCUAUCCAUUUACAAAAACACGAUACACUUGUCCGUUUGUGGAAAAAUUCUCAUUAGACAUUGAAACCUAUUAUUUUCCCGAUAAUGGAUUUCAGGAAAAUGUGUUCAAAUUGUCUGGCAGUGAAUUGCGUAAUCGUGUUGUUGAUGUCAUUGAUAUUGUCAAGGAUCAACUUUACGGAGCUGAUUAUGUCAAAGAAGAAGAUCCAAAACUUUUUAUAUCGGAAAAAACUUACCGAGGUCCUUUGAAUGAUGAUUGGUUAGAAGAAUACUGGCAUGAGGUCAAAGGCAAAAAACAACCUACAGCUCGAAAUAUGUCCUUAAUGUGUGCUUAUAAGAUCUGUCGGGUUGAAUUUCGUUACUGGGGUAUGCAAACUAAAUUAGAAAAAUUCAUUCAUGACGUUGCCCUCCGAAAGACAAUGGUACGAGCUCAUCGACAAGCUUGGGCUUGGCAAGAUGAAUGGUAUGGCUUGACAAUUGAAGAUAUUCGUAAAAUUGAACAUCAAACUCAGUUAGCUUUGGCCAAGAAAAUGGGUGCCGGUGAGAGUGGUGAUGAUGAAGAAGAAGAUGAUGUUAGCCUUUCAGACAAAGAUAUGGAUACUGACGAACCCAAAAAGCCAAAUAAAAAAUCUCUGCCUCCACCAAUUGUCAAAGAAUCACCACCAAGUGCUGAAGCUAGUUCCGAAGAAGAUGAAGACGAAGAAGAAGAAGCUGCUGAAAAUUCCUCACAUAGCUUGCAGCUAUCUAAAUCGAAAUAUAGCUCAAAAGGAGCUCUACAUUCACCUGUUGGUUCGGCGCACAGCUUCGACUUGCAGCAGCAUGCAAAAGCUGUCCAACAUAAAAACGUUGCAAAUUGGAGAAUGGAACGCCUUGAAGUCGACUCCAAGUCUAAUUCCGAAGAAGAAUUCUUCGAUUGCCUAGAUACGAAUGAGACAAACUCUUUGGCCAAAUGGAGUUCUUUAGAAUUGCUCGACGAAGAUGAUUCGCCACCAGCUCACGGUACUCAAUACAUGGACGAUAGUAUAUUCAAUCAGGAUUUCUUGCAACGAGUUGCCUCGGAACGUGGCAAUAAACGCCAGCUCCAGCAAUCGGCAAGUCUAGAUCGCAGUGAUCAUUCCCCACCUGGAUCGCCGGGCUCAUCGUGUCCAACGUCGAUUUUGAUAUUAGUUGUACAUGCUGGAAGUGUUCUUGAUGCAUCUAGCGAACUGACAGCAAAGAAAUCCGAUGUCACAACAUUCCGUGCCGCAUUUGAGUCCAUUAUGCGCCAGCAUUAUCCAAGUCUCUUAUCUCAUGUCACUAUCAAGAUGGUUCCUUGUCCGUCGAUAUGUACCGAAGCUCUCGGCAUCCUUUCAAGCCUCAGUCCAUAUUCGUUUGAUUCAUCGCCCUCGGCCGCAGACAUUCCAAAUAUCGCUGAUGUUCCUAUUGGGGCGAUUCCUUUGCUGUCAGUGGCAUCGCCAGAAUUCCAUGAUACUGUUAACAAGACUGUUGCUGCUGCCAAUAUAGUCUACCAUGAGUUUUUGAAAAGCGAAGACGGUCGAGGCUUUUCAGGACAAAUCGCCAUGUUGGGUGAUUCGAUGGGGUCGUUGUUGGCCUAUGAAGCUUUGUGCCGGACAAACGGAACGAAUCGAGAUGAAGACGAUCGCGUUGUUGACAUUGAAUUGGAUGCAAAGCGUUUGUUGGUGGCUCCAUCGCCGAGAAGACGCAGAUCGUCGUCUUCCAGUGACACUCGUUUGCCAAAACUCGACUUUGAAGUGAGUGAUUUCUUUAUGUUUGGUACACCACUGUCGAUUGUUUUGGCAUCACGUAAACUCCAUGACUCAAGACAAAAUUUAGUAAAACCAAACUGCCUACAAGUUUACAAUAUGUUCCAUCCUACCGAUCCGAUAGCAUCUCGCCUCGAGCCAUUGCUUAGUGCGAGAUUUUCAAUGCUGUCGCCAGUGAAUGUACCACGUUAUGCAAAAUAUCCACUUGGCAAUGGACAACCUUUGCACUUGUUGGAAAUAAUUCAAUCACAUCCGCAACAAUUUAAUGAUCAAAUGUAUUAUAGUCGACGACUGUCGGAUGCUUCUAUGCAAAGUACUAUAUCUGGCUUGGUUGAAAAUGUAUCGCUUAGUACAAUUAGUUCGUUGCAACAAAAAUGGUGGGGUACAAAACGUCUCGACUAUGCUCUCUAUUGUCCAGAAGGUCUCAGUAAUUUUCCAGCUCAUGCGCUUCCACAUUUAUUUCAUGCCAGCUAUUGGGAAAGUUCUGAUGUCAUUGCUUUUAUUUUAAGACAAAUUGGUAAAUUUGAAGGUCUACCUUUGGUUGGUUUUGAAGAUAAAGAUAACUUAUCAUUCCGUCCGGGUCAACCACGUGAAAAAUGGAUUCGUAAACGUACCUCCGUCAAACUGAAGAAUGUUGCUGCAAAUCACCGUGCCAAUGAUGUUAUUGUCCAAGAAGGACGUGAGCAAAGACUCACAGCCCGCUUCAUGUAUGGUCCUUUGGACAUGAUAACUUUGGCUGGCGAAAAAGUCGAUAUGCAUAUUAUGAAAGAUCCGCCAGGUGGCGAAUGGACAUACCUCACAACAGAGAUUACAGAUAAAACUGGCCGAGUUGCUUAUUCAAUACCAGAUGAUAAAGCUUUUGGCUAUGGGAUUUAUCCCAUCAAAAUGGUUGUUCGUGGAGAUCACACUUCGGUGGAUUGCUACUUGGCUGUGGUGCCACCGCUAACUGAAUGUGUUGUUUUUAGUAUUGAUGGAUCAUUUACCGCUUCGAUGUCUGUGACAGGACGUGAUCCAAAAGUUCGAGCGGGAGCGGUGGAUGUAUGCCGUCAUUGGCAGGAACUUGGUUAUUUGUUGAUUUACAUAACUGGGCGACCGGAUAUGCAACAACAGCGUGUUGUUUCUUGGUUGAGUCAACAUAAUUUCCCUCAUGGAUUAAUCUCAUUUGCUGAUGGUUUAUUGACUGAUCCGCUGGGUCAUAAGACAUCUUAUUUGAACAAUUUGGUACAAAACCAUGGAAUCUCUAUUUGUGCUGCCUACGGAAGUAGCAAGGAUAUUACUGUUUACACAAAUGUUGGAUUGCGAGCUAAUCAGAUAUUUAUUGUUGGAAAGGUUAGCAAAAAGCUUCAAGGUACCGCCACAGUUCUAUCCGAUGGUUAUGCAGCACAUUUAAGCUCUCUAAUGGCUGUUGGUGGUUCAAGACCAGCACAAGGCAAUGCUAGAAUGGUUAUACCACGUGGCUGUUUCAAUUUACCUGGACAAGUAACAAAUCCUCGCCGAAGGAGGUUGCAUGAACCGGAAGCUUAACCUAAUAAUUAAGAAGCAAUGAAUAUUUGUAGUGAAUAACUUAAAUCAAAACAAAAUUUACGUAACAUAACAAAAAUAAAACGCUUUUCGAACAAAAAUACAAAACACAAUUAAAAAAAAAAAAAAAACAAACAAAGAGUCCAAAAAUCGAUAUUUUCUUACAGCAAAGAUAAAUUACUAUCGUCACCGAGUCGUAGUGGGUACCUGAAGCGUAAGACGUACUUUAGUAACGUUUAAAUGAAAUAAUUUGUAUUGGCAAAAUAUACACAAUGAAAUUAAGAAAACAGAACAAAAAAAAAAAUAUAUUUAACGAAAUAUGAUGUGGAUUUUUUUGGAUGGAAAAUUUUGCUCGAAAAACAAAUUGAAAGAAAUAUAAUUGAAUUUAUAUUGAAAAAAAAAAAAAUAAAAAUUAAAUGGAAAACAAAAUAUAACGAAAACAAAGUCGUAUUUUAUCGUUAAUCGUCACGCGGUACCUGGUUAAGAAGACUGUUUCCUCCUGUUGUUUGAUGGUGUUUCAAACUACCUAAAAAUUUUAAUGAUAUUAGCAAAACAAAAACUGUAAGAACAGAACAAAAAAAAUUAAAAAUUAAAGAAAUGUUUAAUAAAAAUCAAUAUAAUAUAUAUAUAUUUUUAAAGCUUGAGAUUAAAAAUAAAAUAAAAAAGAAAAAGAAAACAAAAAUCUUAAAAAUAAAGUUAUAAUAUGUCGUUUUUUGUGAAUAUUUACAAAACAUUACAAAAAAUUAGAUCAUAUCCAUUAUAAAAACAAAUUGUUUCUCUAUCGCAUUUGGAACAACAAAAAUUGUAAAAACAAGAAAUUUUCUCAAAGUUUACAAAAAAAAAAAAAAACUUCAAAACCCUUCUAUUUUAUAUAUAAAAAAAACAAAAACAAAAACAAAUCACUAAGUUGUGAUUUUUACAUUGAUGUCCUGUAGUUGAUUCUUAAAACAUAUAUAUAUUUGAAAACCACAUUAAAUACCUAACUACCCUAAAAUUUAAAAAAAUUGGUUAAGUAAAAUUAUUCUAAAAUAAAAUUAAAAUUAAAAAUUAUAUAAAUUAUUAAAAUCAUGUAAGAAAAAGUAUUUUUUUUUUUUUUUAGUUUUAACUGUGAUUAAAAAACAAAAUUAUUUAUUUGUACUUUAAGUAUCAUUCAGUAUUUAUACAUGUCGAAAUUAAAAGCAAAACAAAAAACCUGUUCGCUUUUCAAAAAUAAGAACAAUGAUCAAAAUAUUUUUAAACAAAAAAUUAUGUAGGUAAUUGGAUAGAAAAAAAAAAUCAAACAAAUAAAUAAACAAAAAAAUGUAAACAGACAAAAAUAAAAAUUAUUCAAAACAAAACCAAAUAUAAAAUAACUAUAAGGAUUAUAUUUUUCUACGUUUCUAGAAUGAAAAUGUUUAAGUACAUGAAUUUUGCAGAUAUAGACAAAACACACACACAUUCAAAAAUAUAAUAAUAAUAUUCAAAAAUAAACAAUUAAAACAAAUAAUAAAAAAAAACUUAUUAUUAAAAAUUAUUACUUCUUGAGGUUACAUGUUAUUUUUUGAAAAAAAAAAAAAAUAUAAACUAUUAAACAUUUGAACAUUGAAGAUUAUUUUUAUUUAUGCCUUAUCUUUUGCCACUUCAUCCUUAUAAUUAUUUCUUUUUCUUAAAAGAUAACCAUCCGAAUUCUGCACUACAAUAUACUUAUAUCAGGGUUCAAAUCGACGAACAUGAAAUCGCUUCAAAUUUUGAUAUUUUUAAGAUAACUUUCUUCCCUUAAUUGGGACGAAAAAAACGUUAUAUAAUAAACGCCAAAUUCUUACGUAAUUGAACUUAUCAAAAUUACAUAAAGAUCACGAUGUACCUACUGGAAAUACAGUAUAUAUUUUGUUGACCUUAAAGAAAAUCCAAAACAAUUAAAUCUAAAAACUGCACAAAAUUUCUAGAAACAACUUUUACUUCAAGGUAAAAGUUUACAAAGUUUCAAAUUAAUUGAAGAAAACGUUUGGUUCUGCCUAUUCAAACCCCAAUAUCCGGUCUAUUCUACACAGUCCGAAGCACUUGGAUAACGCCACUUACAGUUCUCUUUAAAAUGUUUUUUGUUUUGCACUUUUUUGAUGAGUAAAACGAAAGUUGUUUAAUAAUAAUUUUUCCAACUUAAAGAUUUUUUUUAUUAUUUUUUAAACAAUUUUAUAAAUACGACUUUUUAAGGAAUCGUCAUGAAAUUUCAGAGGAUCCUAUUAAAAAUCGAUUUUAAGGACUUCAAAAUUAUCUUGGAAAUGACGUAAGGUCCAACAAUGACUCUUGAGUCGACAAAAUCAGAGUGUUUUGAUCAAUUAAAAUUACUUGCUGUUCUCAUCAAAAAAUUGCAAAAAACAUGAUUUUUAAAAGAACUAUGGAUAAGGCUAUAAAGUACUACCUGGUUAAUUCAGUGUUUAUAACCUUAUUGCGAAUUCGGGACACAGAAUUCAAUUAAAAGGAAUGUCGAAGUACUCUAUUUAUUAUUGUUAAAUUAUCCAAACUUGUUUACGGAAUUGAAAAAAAAAUGGGGCCUAGAAUACUGACAGAGUCAACUUUAUUAUUUCAUUCUUUCAAAACAAAAACCUAUGACUUAUGAACUUCUAACGGUUGAGUCGGAAACUUUAAAAGGUAAAUUUAGUUUAAGCUUAAGCUAUCUCGCAGGCUACUAAAUAAGGUUCGAACGAACAUAAUAACGUUAUCGAGAAUUAACAAAACUUUCUGAAAGCUUAAUCAAAGAAUUCAAGUUGCCCAAUUUUUUUUUUAAAUUUGGCUAAUAUAAAUUUAAAACCAAAUUUAAGUCUAAAAAAAUUAAAUUCGUCCUUCUAAAGGAAAGAUACAACAUACAACUUCUUUAAUGAAUUUGAGCUUGAAAGUUUUUGCAAAUUGAUUUCUUUUGUUGAGAUGCAUUUUUAGAAAAAAAAACUUCAAAAUCGUUGGAACAGUUUCUAACGAUUUUUUUUUAAUAAAAUGACGACAAGAUGAGACGCUCCUUCAGUUCAAAGUUCUUAUGUAGAUAGUAUAGCUAAUAAAUGGAAUUUGGAAAAUAAAUUGAAUUUGAAAAUUAAAAAAAAAACAUGUUUUCUGCAUUUUUCAAACUCAUGCAAAAUUAGACAAAAAAAAAUUUUUUGAAAAAAUCGUACCCAAUCCGCAUACAGAUUUUAUUGAUAGUUUUAAAACCUACCUUCAAUAUGAAUAAAUGAUCACUUCCGUUCAAAAUUCUAUUUUUCAAAAAGAAGUGAUAAUAAAAAGUCCAGAUGUAUGACAAAAAGGUCGGAUAGUUGUCCACCUCAGUUCCAACAAAAUUUCAAAACAAUUUCUUUCUCUGGUAUUCAAUAAAAUUCAGCGAUGCGUAUCACUUUGAAAAAUGUUUAUUACCUUUUUACUUUUUUUAACCAGAAAUUAUGAGCUUAAAAUUGAUUCUUUAUGCACUCCAAUACAACCAUUUUUAACAAAAACACUAACAAAUUGUGCUUUUUAUUGAAUUCGUUUUUUAAGAUCUAUUUUGACAACUUUAAUAUCAAUUUUCAUAAAAAAGUAGAUUUUUAAAUUCUUAAUUCGAAUCAUAUGUAAAUAAAAAUCUAUGAAGUUACGUUUUUGAAACUUCAAAUUGCGUCUUUUUCUGUGAAAAUUGACGCCAAAGAUUUUUUUCUACCUCAGUUUCGAAUUAAAAAUUUUCAAUAUUUAUUUGAAAAUUUAAUUUUGAAACAAAAAAAAAAAAAACAAA